UACGAAGUAAGAACAAUGCCAACAACUACCAUACAAGAAAACAUUGCUCUUUUAAAUAUGAUGUCCUCAGACAACUUAGAGGAUGAUUUGAAAAGUGUUCAGCUCCAUUGUCCAUCGGACAGGCGAUUACAAAGUGACGGCGCAUGCGUAGAAGAGAGAGUCAGGACUUCGCGCGGAGACAUCUUGGUCGCAGUCCGGGGAGAUCGUAAUAAGCGCGCUAUAAUCACAUACCAUGAUUUGGGCCUCAAUUAUGCAGCGAAUUUUCAAGCAUUUUUCAAUUUUGUUGACAUGAGAUCUAUAUUAGAUCAGUUUUGCAUCUAUCACAUUAAUGCUCCGGGACAAGAAGAGGGAGCUUCUACUUUACCCGAAGAUUUCUCCUAUCCAUCCAUGGAUGCCCUGGCAUCUCAAAUAGAUUUUGUCCUCGGUAAUUUUGGUAUUAGAUCUUUUAUUGGAUUUGGGGUCGGUGCAGGAGCAAAUAUAUUAGCUCGUUACGCCAUCGCUAGCCCCCAGAAGGUCGAUGCUCUAGUUCUUAUAAACUGUACGUCAACUCAAGCAGGGUGGACAGAAUGGCUUUACCAAAAAAUUAAUACUCGACAACUGCGAUCCAGCGGAAUGACUCAGGGUGCACUCGAUUACCUAAUGUGGCAUCACUUUGGCCGUAGCACAGACGAUCGUAACCACGAUUUAGCUCACGUAUACAAGGAUUGUUUCUCACAUAUCAAUCCAGUAAACCUUUCUAUGUUUAUAGAUUCUUACUUACGUCGAUCUGAUUUAGGAAUAUCCCGAGACAGUAAUACUAUAAAAGUUCCCGUUUUAAAUGUUACUGGAGCACUGUCACCUCACGUAGACGAUACUGUGACCUUCAACGGCCGCUUGGAACCGGCAAAAACAUCCUGGUUGAGCAUUUCAGAUUGUGGAAUGGUAUUAGAGGAGCAGCCAAACAAGAUCGCAGAAGCAUUUCGGCUCUUCCUUCAGGGUGAGGGUUACUGCAGGUAGACCUUGCAUUUUCGGACAACGAUAUAACGCAACGCUAUAAAAUAGAAUGCACUUGAAGCUUAUUUACACGCCAGCUUUAACGAUAAAAUUGUUGUAGACAUUGGAAUCUUAGAUGAAAUAAUGUUUACCAUUGUUUUAGAUAAUUAUUAUGAAAAUAAAUUUAUUUUGUGGCUUAAA